CUGGGUGAAUCCUUCGUAAAACUUGCGCAUACGACUUGAUCUGUGACUUAAAAACCCCUGCUCUCACACCUCCGCCAAGUCCGCCGCGAUCCACAUUCCUCAACCUACCACAAGCCAUCAAAUUUGUCUACAAUCACACACAAAAACAAAUCCUAGCUAGGCACACAUAUUGCCCUUCAUAGCACCAACAGCCAUUUACCACACUACUUUUGACUAAAGCACCCCGCUCUUUUAUCUCAUUGCUUCCUCAUACAAUUGAUUUGUAUUCUUGUUGGAUUGCCUUGAUCAGAGAUACAAUCUCAGUUCAUUCUCCAUCCUCACCGUUUUCCUAAAAUCUUGAACACUCUGGACUAAGUGUUCUUUUCCCUUCCUUUUCGUUCAAGUUCCUUCCAAUCCUUCAUUCAUCAAGACAAGAUGCACAGCACCCGAAUGUCUACGUUAGGCUGUUUAGUCUUCACAUUCUCAAUAUCGGCCCACUAUGGCCACGCAGCGGACUUCCAAAACUUCAUUCCUGCUUCAACUUCUCCGAUUACAUCUCCGACUACUGAGUUCCCUGCCCAAUUGGACGGACGAUCUAUGGAAAAUUUGGCAUCGCACUCUACGAUUUUCCGUAAAGAAAGAAGGUCAGGCGCCUCAUCCGUUACCACCAAUGACACGGCUUCAUUGGUUGUGAGGCCGCGCUGGAAAAAGUGCUCGAGAGGCAUCAAGUCCAGGUACUGCCGAUCUUACCACCGAAAACUGAAAAAUCAGAAAUUCAGUUUGAAGACCGACGCGAGCCUUAAGCUUGGAAGUGUCAAAGCCGUCUCCAUCCCUGAAAACAACAUCCCGCCAACAGUCUCUAUCCCCAAAAUCGAAGUUCCAUCGACCCCUCAUGUUCCCAAGAUUGAAGUUCCAUCGACCCCUUAUGUUCCCAAAAUCGAAGUUCCGUCGACUCCUUCGGUUCACAAAAUCGAAGACUCGCGAAAAGAUUCAGGCCCGAAGUCCGGUGAUGCUACUUAUUACGGGACCGGUAUGGGCGCCUGCGGAAUUGUCAGCAAUGACAACUCCAUGAUUGCCGCCGCCUCGCACCUUUUGUUUGAUAGCUUUCCUGGUGCCACUGCCAACCCCAACUUGAACCCCAUUUGCGGUAGAAAAGUAAAGGCCACUUAUCAAGGUAAAUCCGUGGUGGUUGAACUGGUUGAUCGCUGUACUGGGUGCGCUCUGCACGAUUUGGAUUUCUCUCCUGCCGCGUUUGCUCAAAUUGGUCCCAUGGACCGCGGUCGCCUUCAUGGAAUGACAUGCGCAUGGAUGUUAACUUUACUUUAA